UGGUCAUCGAUGUAAUGUACUCAAAUGAAUCGUUUCCGACAAUGGUGACCUCAAGGUCAUCUCUACUGAAGAGGGAGAUGCCAUCAGGGUGUUCAACCCACCAUCAAGGUUCUCCUAUUCGGUCCCUUAUAGCCGCCAGUCAUUCUAUGGAUUUUCUGUUACUAUUUCUCAUAACACCGAGGGUACACAAAUAUGACUGGUAGAGAGAUGAGCGAUAUACGGGUCCACGACGUCGUUAUUAUCGGCGCUGGACCCUGCGGCCUUGCUGUUGCAGCGCGAUUGUCCGAACGCAUGCCGGCAGCGAACUUCUCAGACGAUGAACAUCAAAGGUACCAUUGGAUUAGGAAACACCGAAAUCAUGCCAGUAUCAAAAACUACAAGACGGGAUUCGAGACGCGUCGAAUGUCGUCUACCGCUUCACCAGGUAGUGCGGGCCUAGACCUUCUGGUGCUAGACGCCACAGACAACUGUUGGAUGGCACGAUGGGAUACCCUAUUCAAGACAUUCGAUAUCUCUCAUCUCCGAAGUCCAAUGUUCUUCCAUGUCGACCCAGCCGAACGAGAUGGCCUGCUGGCAUUUACAUAUAGAAAUGAUAGAGGGAAUGAACUUACAGAGCUUCGGGGCUGUGUUGGGAAGGAACUGAGUAAACACCAAAGAAAGAAGAGGGAGAGGGCCGGAAGAAUACCACGGACAGAACCCACUGUUGACGAACGUGAUCGAAACGAUUAUUUUGUUCCUUCGACGCCUCUUUUCGCUUCGCAUUGCGGAUGUCUUAUGGACCGCUAUGGAUUACGCGGCAAUAUUGUAAGCCAUGAAAAAGUGGACGACAUUCGCUACGACUACGUCGAAGACGUCUCCGAAGCCGACAAGGUCUUCACUGUCCGAACAGAUAGGGGUAUCCAUUACGCAAAGACCGUAGUGUUGGCCGUGGGUGGUAACCCACCCCAGAUCCCCGAUAAUCUCUCAGAGGGGGCGGAGGGAGCAACACACGCUAUGCAUAUUAAGGAAUUUCCGUCUUCUCACGUUAGAGAAAAACUGAGUACUAGAUCCCCUGUUAACAUCGUGAUUGUCGGAGGAGGGUUAACCUCAGCUCAACUGUCUGACCUGGCCAUUCGUCGCGGGGUAAAUAAGGUGUGGUUGUUGAUGCGUGGACCCCUUAAAGUGAAAUAUUUCGAUAUAGGGCUCGAAUGGGUGGGCAAGUUCCGAAACUUCGAGCAAGCCGCCUUCUGGACAUCCGAUUCCGCUGAGGAGCGAUGGGAGAAGAUAAUGACUGCUCGGAACGGGGGUAGCAUUACGCCGGCAUACAAGAAAGUCCUUGAGCGGCAUCUCUCUACUGGGCGGUUGUCCUUACUACAGAACACCACGAUUAAGGAUAAGAGCUGGGACCCGUGCUCCAAGACUUGGACGGUGUCGCUAUCGGACGAGAGCCAAGAACUCCCUCGGAUCGACCAUAUCUACUUCGCAACUGGCGUUCAGGGCAAUUUCGAAUGCCUUCCCUUCUUGAAGUCGAUGUGCUCUGAUUAUCCUAUUGAAAACUGCGGGGGUAUGCCAUGUAUUACGGAGAAUAUGGCGUGGAGAGACGACGUCCCCAUGUUCCUAGCCGGCAGGCUUGCUGCGUUGCAGCUGGGACCCGGCGCCCCAAACCUAAUCGGUGCUAGGAUUGGAGCCGAGAGGAUUGCUUGGUCAAUCCAAGAUGUCCUAGGUGCUAGGGACUCUGGGAACGAUAUCGACUCUGACAAGUGUGAGUUCGAUUACCUUACUGGGAGGGGUAGUCGCUACGACGCCCUAAGCGAGGAUAUAUAGAGACCGGAUUGAGUAGUGCACCGGCCAAAAGCUACCCAGGUAUGAAGUCUCAUAAAACUAAAAACACUCACGAAAGUGAUCGAGCAUGAGCACUACAGUUAAGGCCAUCCCAUAACAAAGCUUAACACUCGGCGGAACGAUCUUCGGAGGAAAUAUCGGAACACCAAUUUGUUUAAUGAGUUGCUGAAUUGAUAGUCAAUUAAGUAGUUGCAUUUGGCAUAUCUUGAAGCGCCUUCAAGAUGGUACUUACGUUAAACUAAGGUCGUGCAAUUAGGCGUUGAUCUAAUAAAAAACGCAUCCGAAGGCCAGCAAUCUUACUAAAUUCUAGUAAAAAUGCUACGACGAGACGCAUCAAAAGUCACCUAUGACAAUCAUUACAGCCAAAGCAUAGGAUACUUUGAAAUUUACUGAAAUUACCAUGAGUAGCAACGUUUUAAAG